AUGGCUAUUUAUAAAGAAUUAGGACACGACACUCCGUUUACUCAUUUAUCAGGGUCUGAGAUAUUCAGUUUAGAAAUGUGCAAGACGGAGGCCCUCACUCAGGCAUUUAGACGGUCGAUUGCUGUGCGCAUCAAAGAAGAAGCAGAAAUCAUAGAAGGAGAGGUUGUUGAAAUAGAAAUAGAUCAGCCUACAGGAGCAGGUGCAGCGCGUACUGGAAGGAUGUCUCUAAAAACAACAGAGAUGGAGACACUCUACGACUUGGGCUCCAAACUCAUCGAUGCACUUGCUAAAGAAGGCGUAACUGCAGGAGAUGUUAUUUCUAUCGACAAAGCCAGCGGGAAAAUAACAAAAAUUGGGCGGGGCUUCAGCAGAGCCAAAGACUUCGAUGCUGUCGGCCCGACUACUCGAUUUGUGCAGUGUCCUGAGGGAGAGUUGCAGAAGAGAAAGGAAGUUGUGCAUACAGUCACUCUGCAUGAUAUCGAUGUAAUAAACAGCAGAGCUCAAGGCUUCCUCGCUCUCUUUGCAGGAGACACGGGUGAGAUUAAGUCAGAGGUUCGCGAGCAAAUUGACUCCAAAGUGGCGGAGUGGCGAGAAGAAGGAAAAGCAGAAAUCAUACCCGUUAGGGAAAUCAAUCAUGGGGUUUUGUUCAUUGACGAGGUUCAUAUGCUGGACAUCGAGUGCUUCUCCUUCCUUAACAGGUACCUUCCUGCUGCUGCUAUUGCUGCUGCUGCUGUUGCUGCUGCUGCUGCUGAUACAGCUUGCGUUGCUGCUGCUGCUCGGCUAAUGGGUACCGCUUGA